AGGCUACUUUGUUGCAGAGAUCCAAAGUAUGAUGUAUGGCUUUGGAGAUGCCCGAUCUCCUUUACUGGAAUCUGCAAACCUCAUAGAGACUGUUGUUCAGCAACAGCAGUGGGCAAUCGUUAGUCAGGCGGCAGAUGUGGCAGCACUGCGUGGUGCCAAGUGUAUUGGCCCAGAAGACAUCUUGUUCCUACUCAGGAAGGAUCGGAUCAAAACCCACAGACUGUUGAAGUACCUAGGUACAUCUGUGUUGCCACCUCACAGAUAUGAAGUGCCCAUUUUUAACUUUGCAAUAAGCUUUGUAUUUCACAAGAUUUGUAUCAUUUUCCUAGUAUAAAUGUUCUGUUUAUCUUGCAAACAAGUUGUAUGAAGAUGUCAGCAUCUCAGUAUUGACAUCAAGUUCUGUUUCUAACAUGUCUGCAUAUGCUUGAGAACUGUUCAUUAUAAAUCUUAAUUUGUU